AUGGUACUCGCAGUUCUCUUCCUGCCCGAGGCCUCGGACUACAUAGCCUCGUCAGCCGAUGAGUCUCUUGCUCUUGCGCAUUCAGCGGAUCAAAAGGACUUUGUUUCAGCUUUGCAAACCUCAGCCAAGCGCGAGAGCAUACAUAUUAAUGUCGGAAUACAUGAAGUAGCCUCGGAACGGAGACUCAAGAACUCUCUUGUUUGGAUUAACGCCGAGGGCCAUAUCACUCAGAAUUAUCAGAAGAUACAUCUCUUUGAUGUUGAUAUUAAGAAUGGUCCUGUUCUGAAAGAGAGCGCAAGCGUACAACCUGGACAAGAGAUUGUCCCGCCCUUUGAAACACCCGUAGGACGUGUGGGCCUGGCGAUUUGCUUUGAUUUACGGUUUCCAGAAAUCAGUUUAGCACUGAGACGUCAGAAAGCUGAUAUCAUUACAUAUCCGUCCGCGUUCACGGUGCCAACGGGUAAAGCCCAUUGGGAGGUCCUCCUUCGCGCAAGAGCUAUUGAGACACAAUCCUACGUCAUAGCAGCCGCUCAGGCUGGCCCGCAUAAUGAGAAAAGAAGAAGCUAUGGUCAUUCGAUGAUUGUUGAUCCAUGGGGAGAAGUCGUGGCAGAACUAGGGGACGGGGAGCCACAGAUUGCUACGGCAGAUAUUGAUCUUGAGCUGGUGUCCAGGAUCAGGCGAGAAAUUCCUCUUCUCCGAAGGACUGAUCUCUAUCCCGAAGUUUAA